AUGUCCUCAACAUCACCGCCGACCGGCGUCACUAUCGAUCCUUUGACCUGCCGCACGUCAGCCUUUCCAGAACUAGCCCCCUUCAUCGAUCCAUCCUCGGCAACCACUCUCGCCAACCUCCUUGCAGAGAACCACGCAUCUCAUCACUCCUUCUUUAACCAAAAAGGAAUGCAUAACCAUUCGCUGCACCAACUGAUAGCUGAUACGACGCUGAAAGCAACCCCUGCUCAGCUGGAGCGCCACUACGCCUACCAACAGAAGCACUAUCUCUCGUCGUUCAGCUACAACGAUCGCUCAAAAUACGAUCCCCACCUCUCCGACACCAGCGGCUCUGGCAAGGGCGGAUCGUCCAUCACCAAAAUCUCCGAGGGCAACUGGACAGCCCACCUUGGCGACGCACGCUACUACUGGAGCUAUCUGCACUUUUUCGAUCGCGUCGUGGCCCAGUUGGGCUUUCGCGAGGUGUUGCACCGCUACGUGUUCAGUCAGGAGGCGAACGAGGGGGAGGCAAAGAUGAUUGUGAGGUUUUACGGAGGGGUCAUCCAUGCGUUGAUCCAUUUCGGGUAUGGGUUGGAGAUGGUGGUGAAGGAGGUGGCUGCGGAGGGGUUGGCUAUGGCUGCAGCGACAGGUGCGAGUCAUGCUUGGUUGUUCGAGCUCGAUUGGCUGAAGAAGGGAGCGUCGGUGCGGGAGGAGAAGAAGGGGUUGUUGGAGCUGGUUAGGGAGGUUCAGAUGGAUGACAGGCUGAGCGUCGACAGGCUGGGGCUGAAGGAGGAGGAGUCUUCGUUGCCGGAUAAGCCUUUUGAAGAGGGCAGCGGACGAGGUGUCAUUCAGGAGUACGUCGAUCGAUGGGCGGCAAUCGCGGACGGGAAAAUCGAUCUCGAGACCGCCAUGAGCGACCUUGCCUUGCUUUCGGCGCUACUACUUGGCGCAGUACCCCGUCAAGCCGACGGCAAGGCCUACAAACACGACUUUUUCCUAAUGCACCUCAACAACGCGCAUCUCUUCACGUCGCUCUACCUGGAUCUCUUUGCGGACAGCCCGCAGCUUCAGCGCACGUUCCUGCGCGCGCUGCUCGCGCAGUUCAUCUACUAUUACGUGUGCCGUGGCAGGCCCGCAUUCACCACCUCGAACUUCAUCACCGAGCACGAGGCAUCUGCGGACUUGGCAUGGGAGCAGUUGUUCGCGGACGCUCGCGAGAACGUUGACGAGCACCUGCCAAAAGCUGUGCGUGCGCUGUACGUCUUCGAGCAGCGCUACACGGGUUCGCAAGGUAAGCUGCUGGAAUCGGGAUUGCUCCAGGGCGGCGGACAGGAUUGGGCAGGUGGCGAGGCAAGCGUUUGGAAGCUAACAGCAAUGCAGCUGGUCCGCAUGCAUCGGGGAGAGCUGCAGCCAAGCCAGUACGACAGCGAGGCGGAGCGCGAAAAGGGAGAGAGCAUCGGCAGUCAUCAGGAGUUUUGGUCGUUCGAGGCGUUCUUCUAG